AUGACUCGCUGGACCGAUGAGAACAAGGCAACUCUCCUCCGUCUCAUCUUCGAGACUCAGACUUUCCAGAUUGAUCUCGACAAGAUCGUCGAUGCCUGGCCCGGAGACGACAAGCCCACUGGCAAGGCUCUCAGCGAGCAGCUAGGCAAGUACCGCAAGCCCGGCAGCUCCAUCACCUUCAGGUUCACGAAGGGCAAGCGAGGCGCUCCUGAUGGAUCAGGAUCCUCUGCACCAAAUACCCCUACUCCCAAGAGGGCCCGAAAGAAUGGCAAGGCGAUCAAGGGGAAGGCGGAGGUGCCGUCUUCUCCUGUUCUUGUGCCUAAGAUUAAUGGUGAAGACAUGGAAGAUGACAAGAAGUUCAUUGAAGCUUGA